GAAGAAAGAGAGAGAAAGGAGAGGGAAGCGAAGGAAAGGAAGGAGAGAGAAAAGGAGGAGAGAGAAAGGAAAGAGAGAGAAGAAAGGGAGAGG